AUGACAUUGUUAUGUCUCAUUCUAUUUAUUAGUGUUGUUUUAUCAAAAUCAUUAGUCAGUGAAUGUCAAAAAAGUGUUGAUGGUGACGCUGCAAUGUUUAUAGCAAUCGAUUUUGGGUUGUGCUAUUAUAUUGAUGAGACUGAAUCAACAGAAUUUAAACGUGAUGGUGAUAAAAUUACAAUUGAUUAUUAUUCUGAGUCAUCAACAUGUUCAGGCAAUAAAAAGAGUGGAACAUUUAGUUUAGAUAGUAAAGAAAUUAAAGGUAUUUGUGAUAAUGAUGAAGACAAUACUGUUGAAAUUAAAAAAGCACCAAAACAUAUUGGAUUUAUGGGAAUUGUUGAUGAUGAAAAUUGUACUCAUCCUGAUAAUACAAUGAGAAUCUAUUAUACUGACAAAUGUUAUAAAUGUUCUGAUAAGUAUUGUAAUUAUGAAGUUGAUAAUGGAUGGAUGUAUUUAAAUGAAUAUCCAAAUGAUAAAUGUAAUACUGAAGAAAGACUAACACAUGAGAAAGAAUGGGAAUGUGAUAAAUGUGAUGAUGGUACACUUCAACAAUGUGGAACAGUUUCAACAAUGAUAUUAUUUGUUGUUUUUGCUAUUUUUGCAUUAAUUCUUUAA